UUUAGGUUCCUGGUUUGGUUUUCAUCCUGAAAGAAAUAAAGAAAUUGCUCCUUUCUUUUUGGUAACAAUUUCUUUUUCUUUACUUAAUCAAAGUUAAUCAGUUUUCUAUUUAAAUUGUUCCCCAUCUAAUUAAUUACAACUCAAUUUCUAUUCUAUGUUUUCAAACUAAAAUCAACACAAUUUCACCACAACAAUAACACCAAAAGGAGGAUCCACUUUGAGACCAUUGAACUGACAUAAUCUGAAAGGAAGUAACAAAAUGUCAACAUGGAUUGACCUAGAGGAUUACCUAUGUUGACCUCUCAUUUUAUAGCUAAUUAACAUCACUUAAACUUAGUGUCAUCAUCUUUAAAAUUAACUCAUUUAAUCAACCAUCAUCAUUAAUAGGAACAACAGAAACAACAACAACAAUAAUAAUACCAACAGAUUGACUACUUUGUUUAUACCUCGUGUUAUUUUGACUAUUGGUUUACAAUAGGAGAAAAGAAAAGAAAAGAUAGAAUCAAAUGAUUGAUUCAAUUGUACAAUUAAAUUUGAUGCUGAUUCUAUGAUCUUGAGGUGUUUGUGAUCAACAAUUAACAAUCUUGCUGAUUAUUCAAGCUGUCUUUCUAUUCGGUGUGUGUUUUUGUAUUUACCCUCCUUCAAAGUUGAUACAUAAUCACAGCCACAAACACACACAUACAACACUCACUUACUCACACAAAUGACAAUGAAUAUCAAAAAAGGUAAAAGCGGUGAGGAAAUUUAUGUAAUUGCUAAAUAUGAUUACACUGCUCAAGGUUCCCAGGAAUUGGAUUUGAAAAAGAAUGAGAAAUUAACUCUUCUCGAUGAUAGUAAAAACUGGUGGAAGGUGUUAAAUGCUAAAAAUCAAUCAGGAUUUGUGCCAUCUAAUUAUGUAAAGAAAGAGAAACCAUCAAUAUUUGAUAGUAUUCGGAAAAAGGUGAGAAAACGGAGUGAAUCUAAAAGUUCAAUUUCAUCUCCUGUUUCCUCACCAAUUGCAACUAGAAUAGUUGAUAUUGAUAUAAGCGGUUCAUCAACCAGUGGAGGUGGUAUUGGGUGUAAUUUAAAUCGUUCACCAGAAAUGGAAGCCCAACUUCGUGCCAAUCAAGCUACCUCAUCAUCUUCACAUGGUCAAACAUCAUCCCAAUCGAUUGCGGUGGUUAAAUAUAAUUAUGAAGCUCAACAAUCAGAUGAAUUGUCUCUAGUCAAAGGAACUCGUAUUCAUGUUCUGGAAAAAUCAAGUGAUGGCUGGUGGAAGGGUGAAAUUGAUAACACCCUUGGUUGGUUUCCAUCUAAUUAUGUUAUAGAGGAACCAUUACCUGUAUCAUCAAUUAAAGAAAUGAAACCAGAAGUCACCCUUAAUGGUACUGGUGGUGGCGGCGGCGGUGGUGGUGGUGGUGGUGUUGUCAAUAAGAUAAGUGAUAUUGAUGCUCCUGGUUGUUCAAUGGUAAACAAGGUAGAUAAUGGUCUCAAUAGGAUUCAGAAUGAACCGGAAUUUGAGGUUGUCAUUGCUCUUUAUUCAUUUACUUCUCAAAAUGAAGAGGAGUUGAGCUUUCAAAGAGGUGAAAGGUUAGAGAUAAUUGAUAAACCAUCAAAUGAUCCAGAUUGGUGGAUGGCGAGAAAUGCUUCCGGUGAUACUGGUUUGGUUCCAAAAAAUUAUGUUCAAUUAAUUAGUGACAAACAAGAAACUACCAAUAAUGUGUCUAGUAACAAUCAAAUAGUCUCGGGUGUAGCUAAAGACUUGGCCAAAUUAUUACUUUCGGAAACCGCUAAAUCAACUGGACCUUUGACCGGUAUUGGAGGUAAUGGUAAUUCUUAUAGAAAUGGUGGUGCACAUAAUGAUCUACAAUCAAGACCAUGGUACUUUGGAUCAAUCUCCCGAUCUAAUUGUGAUCAAAUGCUAAAUGAAGGUGGAAUCGAUGGUGAUUUCCUUAUCCGAGAUAGUGAGACAAAUUAUGGAGAUUUUUCAGUAUCACUUAAAGCUCCAGGUCGAAAUAAACAUUUCCGUGUACAUUUUGAAAAUGGAGUUUAUUGUAUUGGACAGAGAAGGUUUAAUUCACUCGACGAAUUGAUUGAACAUUACAAAAAGGCUCCAAUUUAUACAACACCUAAAGGACAAAAGAUGUAUUUAAUCAAGCCAUUUUCGCCGAUGAUUUGAUUACAUUAAUCACCAUUAACAACAAUUAAACAGUCAACUUAUAUAUAUAAAGAAAAAUCAACAAGGAAAAGAUGGACACUGAAUCUGCAACUUUUAUCGGCAACGAUUAUCCAUCUAUUCACAUAGCAAUCAAUCAGAAAUUUUUAUCAUUUUCUUCAGAACAUUAAUCUUAUUAUUUAAAAAGACGAAAAUUAUGUGCAUAAUAACGAUUUCUACCUUGACCCUAACCAUUUCUCUCUCUCUCUCUCUCUCUCUCUCUCUCUCUCUCUCAUCUUCUCUAAUUUUACAAAUAUCUUUUUAUCUUCCCUUUCUCAUCUUCUCAAUUUAUCAUCUCCUUCUCCUUCGCCCUCUCUUCUUUCUCCUUUCUUCCUUCUAUCAUCUACCUAAUCCUUUACCCACUAGUUUGAUAAUACAACUAAAAAAUCAAAGGCCUAAGUUACUGGUCACCUCUUAGACCAUUAAAAUGACCACAUCACUUGACCAUCAUCCCACCUUCAACCAAGGAACGGAAGAGAGAGAUAAUCUCUCUCUAUCUCUCUACCGGUUAAAUUAAAUGAUGAAUCUUCUGAAAAGUUCAUCAUCCCCUCCGGAUGCCAUCAACCCAAAGUAAUAGCUGCCACCCGAAGAUCAACCAACAACUCAUCUUCUUCAUCAUCAAACUGUAAUCCAUCAAUAGCUAAUCUAAAUCUCCUUUGGUUCCAGUUAUCACCUUAAUCACAGUAUAUUAGUAAAUUGCUCAACUGGUCCAUCAUCAAGUUGACUGUCUUACAAUUAAUGUUCAACCAUCAACUCAGAGCACACAAACUUGUGGACUUCAGGGGAAUCAAAAGAUGACUCAAUGCCAAUAAUAUCUCUUGAUACAAUCUAAACAACUCUCUCAUCGUUAAUCCUAAUCCAUAAUUACAUAGAAGCUGAUUACGAGCUUGAAAUUACUAAUUUAUCGAGUGAUUAUGAUCGGUUAAUAUCAAUGGAAUCAAAAGAAACCGGAAAAUAGUAAAAACCCUCAACUUUCCGGUCAUUCUAAUGGAUGCUCAUCUAAUCAUCAUUAAGCAAAAAAAAAUUAAUUGUGAUUGAAAACAACAACCAUAACAAUUUAUUAUGAUUAGUUUGUCAGUAAACAAUCAACAUUCAAAUUUUAAGUUAGACUCAUUAACUUUUCUUGUUUUUCCCCUUUUUUCAAUGUAUUUUUCAACUCUCUCAUUCUCUCUCCCUCUAACUCCCUCUCUCUCUUAGCACCAAUUAAAUAUUUCUGUUAAAAUCUAUUUCCAAUCAAUACAAUUAACAUUUAUGUGAACCCAAUUAAUAGAGAAAAGAUUUUAAAACAGAACAUAAUUAAUAACGGA